UGAAAAUUGUAUUAUUUUUUACUGUUUUGUUACUUGUAGAAAUGAGAAGCUUGAGAAAUUUAAGAUCGCUUUCUCUAACUAUAAAUGGAAGCAGCAUGCUAUUAGAGCCAUUGGGAGCAUUCACCAAUCUGGAGACCCUAUAUAUAAGCCGGAGUGAUUUAAAAGGGAUAAGAUUUGCUCAAGGUUCUAAUCUCACCAAUUUGAAAGAAUUAUGUCUAGAUAGCUCUUCUGUGGAUGAAAACUUUCUCCAAAGUUUUGAAGCACUUUCUUCCCUUGAAACAUUAUCAAUGUACGGCUGUGGACCUAGUGGCAUCAUACCUGUGAGCCAAAGUAUUUGCAAAUUGAAGCAUCUUCAAAAGUUAGACAUUAUUUACAACGAUUUCAGUGGUAACUUACCUUUGUGUCUAGCAAAUUUGACUUCUCUUCAACAAUUAGACCUCUCUUCCAAUCACUUUAUUGGAAACAUUUCUUCAUCUCCACUUGAAGGUUUAACAAACCUUGAAUAUCUAUCAGUUUCAGACAAUUUUUUUCAAAUCCCAAUCUCAUUAAGUCCAUUUUUCAACCAUUCAAAACUCAAGUACGUGGAAAGUUGGGGUAACAAAAUAUUUGCAGAAACAAAUGAUCAGUACUUGAACCCAAGAUUUCAAUUGGAGGACCUUAUAUUAUCUAGUGGUGGAUAUGGUGGAGCAUUCCCCAAAUUUCUCUAUCACCAGCAUGACCUACAAUUUAUUGAUCUGUCGCACAUUCAAAUGAGUGAAGGGUUUCCAUAUUGGUUGUUACAAAACAACACCAAAUUGGAAAGUCUUUACUUAAUCAACAACUCUCUCUCAGGACCUCUGAAAUUACCAAUUCAUUCCCAUAUGAAUUUGUCAGAGUUGGAUAUAUCAGACAAUUUCUUCCAAGGCUUCAUCACACCAGAGAUAGGAACAUAUCUGCCAAAAUUGUGGCGUCUAAACAUGUCGGGAAAUGGUUUCAGUGGUAGCAUUCCUUCUUCAUUUGGAAAUAUGAGCUUGUUGGAACUUUUAGACUUAUCCAACAAUAGAUUGUCAGGUACUAUACCAGAGGAUUUAACCAUUGGUUGUGUCUCAUUGCAAGAACUCAUACUUUCAAACAACAGUUUGCAAGGCCAAAUAUUUUCUGAAACCUCUAACUUAAGGUUUCUGUAUGAGUUGCAAUUGGAUGGCAAUCAAUUCACUGGCAGCAUUCCACAUAGCUUGUCUAACAGCUCCUUUUUACGAGUGUUGGAUCUUAGUCAUAACAACUUAUAUGGUAGGAUCCCAAGGUGGCUGGGGAACAUGUACUUUCUUCGCGUUUUGGAUCUUUCAAUGAAUAAUAUCUCAGGAAGUCUACCAUCUAACUUUUGCCCUUCAAAUAUACAAGAGAUUUAUUUGUCUAGAAAUGGGCUACAAGGGUCAUUGGAGGAUGCAUUUUAUGGUUGCUCUGAGUUAAUUGUGUUAGAUUUGGGCCAUAAUCAUAUGACUGGAAGCAUUCCAUCAUGGAUUGGAAAAUUUUCUCGAUUGAGCUACCUAAUCUUGGGGCAUAACUAUAUUGAUGGGGAAAUCCCAGUUCAAUUGUGCAACUUGACUCAAUUAAGUUUGCUUGAUCUUUCUCAUAAUCAUCUUUUUGAUUCUAUUCUCCCUUGCCUAAGAUCUACAAGCCAAACAUAUAGGCAGCUAGGAAGAAUGCUGCCUAAUCCAUAUAAUGCUUCUAUGGAUAAACCUUUGGAAUUUACAACAAAGAGUAUAUCCUAUUCUUACCAAGGAAGAAUGCUAUCUUACAUCUCUGGAAUUGAUCUCUCAUGCAAUCAUUUGACAGGCCAAAUUCCUAUUGAAAUUGGGUACCUCAAUGAGAUCCAUGUACUAAAUUUGUCUCACAACAGUUUGACAGGAAAAAUCCCAGCAUCCUUUUCCAACUUGCGCCAAAUUGAGAGCUUAGAUCUGUCAUACAACAACUUGGAAGGGAACAUCCCUCCUCAGCUUACUGAGUUAAAUUUUUUGGAAGUUUUCAAUGUGUCAUAUAAUAAUUUAUCUGGCAGGACACUUGACAAGGUUGCACAAUUUGGGACAUUUGAUGAAAGCAGUUAUCGAGGAAAUCCUUUUCUCUGUGGAUGGCCACUGCCAAGAAAUUGUACUGAAAUGGUAUCACCUCCAUCAAAAUCAAGAACUUCAAUUGAGAAUGAGGAAAGCAAUGGCUUCAUGGACAUGGGUGUUUUCUACAUAAGUUUUGGGGUAGCUUACAGUGUGGUGUUGUUGACAAUAGCUGCAGUUCUAUACAUAAAUCCGUACUGGCGACGAGUAUGGUUUUACUUCAUUGAGGUGAGUAUAGAGAAUUGCUAUUAUUUUAUAAUAGACAAUCUUGUAGUUUUAUCCCAAUUUAGAUUUUGUAGCUUACGCAGAUGAAUUCAGCUUGAAAGUAUUCUGCAAGUUUUUUCUUUUUCUGUACUUUCAAUUGACCUCGAGAUUGAAUCUCAAGCAGCGAUGUAAAAUGUGUGUUUGAAAUGCUAUAUUUACACCCAACAUUGAAUUUGCUUAAA